CCAAUAAAGUGACCCUCUAAGCAACCUCCGUAAAUAGAUCCUACCUACAUAUCUCCCAAGACCAAAAUACAAUGGAAGAAGAGAAAAGACCACCCCUGCCAACUCGACCCUCCCAAACCCUAACCCUCCCAGAGAAAAACCCCACCACCAAAGACCCCUAUCUCAACGACACCAGUAAACAUCAAGACCAAGACCAAGAUCAACAUGACCACAAUGAACCAGAUCCAAAUCCUCCACCACCAGCAUAUACCCCAACAGUCCUAAUUCAAAACCAAACAACCCACUCCGCCUACCGACCCUCCUCCAUCCUCCCCAAACCAGUAGUCAUACCCCAAACAUCCCACUCCAUACAUGGCACAAUCUACCGGCCCUUCGCACGGGCCUACCCACCCGCACUCGAAAGCCACGGAAUCCCCAAAACCGAUUUCCUGGGCUUCAUCGACGGCCUCAACCAAGUCUGGGUAGCGAAUCCGUACAUGCAAGCUCUUAGCGUGGGCAGUGCGGCGGCAUGUUUUGUUCCCGUGUUGCAGGUGCAGAUUGCCGCGUUGGGGGUGUAUGCUGCGGCCGAGUAUGGAUCGGUGAAGAUGUCGAAGAUGCGGACGCAGGAGUAUAUGCAGGUGGCCAAUGAGGAGUUGUUUCGGCCGCGGGGACUGCGGGUGCAGGUGCUGAAGACGAAGGUUAUGAUGUCUGAGGUGGGGGUUCCGGGUGAUGUGUUGGUGUUGGGGGAGGGUGAUGAGGAAUUUGGGGAUUUGGAGGGUGGUGGUGAGAAGGGGAAGGGCAGGUUUGAUCCGCAGUUGAGGAGAAUGGAGGCUUUGAAGGAGUUUGUGUGUCCUAUUGUUUAUGAGGAGUGGAUUGGGGAGGUUAAGGAGAAUUGGAUUAAGAGGGCUUCGGAGAAGCAGGAGAAGUGGCUUUCUGACAGGCAGAAUAGUUCGAUUGUUGGGAAGAGGGUGAAGGCUGGGAAGUUGAUGGAAGAGGCUGAUCAGGCGGACCGGAUGAUUGGGCUGAAGAUGGAGGAGGUUGCUCAUGCGAAGAUGGCCGCGGAAGAGAGGGCUAAGGAGAGGAUGGCUGGUCCGUUAGGGGAGUCGUUGCAGGGUAGGAGCAUUAUUCAGGAUGAUUUAGAGAAGGAGAUGAAGAAGCUGGAUAAGAAACUUGAGAAGAUCUUAAGGGAGAAGGAGAAGAAGGUUACGAAGAUUAAGCAGAAGGGUGAACAGCAUCUGCAGGACGUGGAGAAGAAAGAGAGUCGCAUUGCCCAGAAGGUGAUGUGGGUGGUGGUGACGGGGGAUGAUGGGUCAGGCUUUCAGAACCAUCUUUGUGAGGAUUCGGAUACUUGAUAUACU